GCAGGGUUGCAGCUCCCAGAAUCCUCCCAUCAGCCUGGUCACUGUUCUUGCUGGCUGCUGAAUGCUGGAAGAUGUAGUCCGAAAAUAACUUUUUCCAAGAUGAUGUAGGGAUUUUGGAAGUCACAGUUCAAAAUCAGCAACUUUCCCCAGCUGGGCUGCCAGAAACCAGGCUGAGGAAGGGACCUCUAGGAGUUAAACCUAUAGAGUCCGAGGGAGGAUUUUUUAUGAUGCCUAGAAAGGAGAGAGCAAAAAUCCUCCUAGAUCAGCUGCCCCAGGAUGUAAACACUACAGUAAAAGCUGGAUUUGUUCCUUGGGUUCCAUCCUGUUUAUCCCUCUCCUGGAACCUGAUUUAAUAAUAUAUAUGUAUAUACAUCUAUACUAUAGAUAUAUAGAUGUAUAUGGGAUUUUGAAUAAAUUUAGGAGGUGAUUUUAUGCCUUACCUGCAAUGAUCUUACCUGCAUGCUUGGAUUGGGUUUGGAAGUCCUGAGUGAGAAACCUGAUUCUGGCAAAUUGGCAGGAUAGCAGCUCCUUGGUCUUUGUUACUUCCUAGAUGUCCAUCUGCUGAGAGGCUUUGAGGCUGUGGGGGGCCACUGUCACCAUGGAAGAUCCUCUUGUACGCCUCAGAGUGGUGGAAGGAUUGGAAGGCACCAUUCGGAACCCCCACGUCAUUCCGACUGGAAGUACUGGGAAAGUUCCCAGGAGGAUAUUGGGGCAGCAAAAGGUUAAACAAGAACCGAGCGAAGGGAUCCUUCAGCGUUGGGAAGCCCAGUGGCAGCAAUUCCUGAAAGAAGUGGACUCUCCUCACUCAAGAUGGAGGAUUCCUCAAUGGCCAGAGGAUCCCAAGCCUUGGGACGACACCAAGGCUUUCCUGGCAUCCUUUGAACAAGUAGCCAUGGCCUGCCAAUGGCCCAAAGAAGAGUGGGUGAUCCGGCUUCUGCCAGCCCUUAGUGGACAAGCCAAAUGGGCUUUCAGUGGCCUGGAGGUGGCAGACAGAGAGGAUUAUGGGAAGGUGAAAGCAGCCAUUUUGCGGGGAGACGCCCUCAGCAGGGAAAAGCAGCGCCAACACUUCCGGCGUUUCUGUUACCAGGAGGCUGACGGUCCACGUGGGGCUUACAGUCGGCUCCAGGAGCUUUGCCACCAGUGGCUGAAGGUUGAGAGGCACACGAAGGAGCAGAUCCUGGAGCUGCUGAUUUUGGAGCAAUUUCUCAGCAUUUUGCCCUUGGAGAUCCAAAACUGGGUCAGCGAUUGUAGCCCUGAGAACUGUUCCCAGGCGGUCACGCUGGCCGAGGAUUUCCUGCAAAGACAGGAGGAAACCGAGAGAUGGGAGCAACAGGAGCCACUGGAAGAGGUUGCUGUUGGUUUCGUAGGAGAGGAGCGUGGACAGAGCCAGCUAAACAGAGAAGCCAAAAGGGAUAAUGAAGACCUCAACCUGUUAGCAGAUUGCAGGUCUGAGAAUGAUCACGAAGUGAGAGUCACUUUACAGGAAAGACUUGAGGAAGUGGAACCAUUCUGGACAUCCCAAGGAAGAUUUGCCGAGAGUGGCUCCCAAGACCCUGAACACAGAAGAAAGACUUUAAAUCCACACCAACCAAAGACACAGCAAAGAAACCACGUAAAGAACAGGGUGGUGCUUUCCAUUUCUUCAGUGCCAAAUGGAAAGAUCCUUGGUGAAACCCCGUUGCGACAGACACAAAAGAUAAGCAAUGGAUCUGGGGAAGGAUUCAGGCCAGAUUUGGGCAGAAACACUCCCGUUCAAGAGAGAACCUACCACAGAUGUUCUGUCUGUGGGAAGACUUUUGGUCAGAACUCACAUCUGCUCUUCCACCAGCGGACCCACGACGUGGAAAAGCCAUACAAGUGUACGCAAUGCGGGAGCAGUUUCCAUUCACGCCAGGGCCUCAUCUAUCACCAACGGAGCCAUGCAGGGGAGAAGCCAUACAAAUGCUCCUUUUGCGGAAAGACCUUUAGUCAGAGUUCGCACCUUCUUGUCCAUAAGCGCAGCCACACGGGGGAGAAGCCCUUCAAAUGCCCAACCUGCGGGAAAUGCUUCAGCCGCAAUUCCCUCCUCACCAUCCACGCGAGGACCCACACGGGAGAGAAGCCCUACAAAUGCUCCCAGUGUGGCAGCCGGUUCCACUCAGGCUCUGGCCUUAUUAAUCAUAAGAGAAUCCAUGCAGGAGUCAAGCCGUACAAAUGUGCCAAAUGUGGACGGGAUUUCAUCCGUAAGGCACAUCUCACACGGCAUCAAAGUGUCCACAGCGAAGACAAGACUGGCACCUGAUCUGAUAUUGGCAGCUGGCAUGGAGAGGCGCAAGACAGAAAAGAAUCUGUCUUUGCACAAGACAGAAAAGAACCCAGAGAUGUGAUUAGCCAUUAUCUCUGCCUGAGUUAACUGGCAUGGUUCACAUAGGUUGAAAUAAAUGUUCUUGUAGAAU